AUGCUUGAGAUGAGGCUGAUGCAUCAUUAUCUGACAAAGACCUAUCAUACCCUGCAACAAGGCAAAAUCGAUGCGACUCACUUUCAGACGGUCAUCCCGGAAAUGGCCACAUCCCACCCUUUUCUGUUGGACAGCUUACUUGCACUGACAGCUCUGCACCUAGCCUUCCUGAACCCAGACGACAAGCGCCCGUGGAUGGAAGCUGCGCUCAAAUAUCAAAAUCAGGCAUGCUCGGUUUUUAGUCGGAUUCUCGUGGAGAUCUCCCCAGAGAAUUGUGGGCCUGCCUUCCUCUGCGCGGUUUUCAUCCUCCUAUGUGCGACUGCAUAUCCAUGCGUCGCCGGGGAUACUCAUCCGUUUGAUCCACUAGCCCAGGUCCUGGAAACUCGCCGUCUCCUUGUCGGAUGUGCUUUUCUUUACCAUCAUCUGCAUCGACAUCCAGGGCAAUUGAAAGAGUGGCUACGGCACCCGAAUGAUGUGAAACGGGAGGAAAAUGUCACAUCUCAAGGGACGUGGAAUGCGAAGCUUGUGCCGCUGCGAAGUGCUCUUCUAGAUUCUCUUCGACAAGUAGCGGCCAUCAUGAACGAUGCCAGUGAACCGCAGCGGGCAGCCUACCAGGAAACCUGGGAUUUUCUACACGAUACCAUCAGUUUGUGGCCCUUGGGAGGUCCUCGUGGAGGCAUCAUAUCCUGGCCCAUCCAUAUUGGUGAAGACUACAUUGCCCUGUUGAAGCAGGGGGACUGGAUCGCUCGUAUACUAUUUCUACACUAUGGAGUCGGCAUGCAUCUCCUGUCAGACAAAUGGUAUGUUAGCGAUUGGGGGCGCCGCUUGGUGGCUGCAGUUUUGCAGCCUCUACAAGACAUUCCUCCAAUCUGGACCGAAACUAUCACUUGGAUAAGACAGGCAGUCGACCUCAACGGCUAG